GUAUAGAAGGUCCCACUGGGCAUCUACAAGUCAGUUACCUCCAGCUUUGUUUGGAAGCAAGUACCACCAAGGCAUCAUGGCUGUUCUUAACCGUGGCAGAAGAUCCCAUGCCAGAAGAUCCCAUGCCAGACGAUCCAAUGGAAAAACAACCCAUGGCAGAACAAACCGUGGAAGAACAACCAAUGGAAGAACAACCCAUGGAAGAACAACCCAUGGAAGAACAACUCAUGGAAGAACAACCCAUGGCAGAACAACACAUGGAAGAACAACCCAUGGCAGAACAACACAUGGUGGUAAAAGGAGGACUCAGGGGACUCGGAGACAGCCUAAAAUGGGAUACAAGCGCAGAUACCACUAUUACUACAGGAGGAUGCGGGUGUAGAGGAACGAAUAGGGACCUGCUCCUGUUGACACCGAUAAGAUCUUCCCUCCUGACCCAUUAGUAUCCAAGCUGACCUCCGACCUUUAGAACUUGUCACCAAAUCGACCUUAGAAAAUAAAGACCCCUGAGCAGA